UCAAACAAGUAUAGUGAGUGUUGGCUGCUCGAGACAUUUAACCUCAAAUAUUUUUUCGAUGUAUUACGCGAAAAUUCAGAGUGAAAAUACAUAAUAUAAUCAAGCUAGAGAUGGAAAACAAAGAUGGCACAGUUAGCAUGAAAGAAGAACCUCGUGAUACUUGGUUAGAUGCCGUCGACGAUUACAUUUCCAAUUCAGUGGACUCUUGUCAAGUCAAAAGCUAUGAAAAAUUCCCAUUUCAUAAAACACCAAAAAAUCAUGUGAAUGAUGAUGUUACGUUACAAGAAAGGAUGAAGGAAAAAAUAUUUAUUGGUUAUGAGUGUAGAGAUGUUAAACUUGAAUUAAAAUUUCCAUCGACAACCAACAGUAAAUCGGAGUAUAGACAUUUUCAACCUGCUGUAAAAAUAGAAAAAAAAUAUCAGACUAACGACACAAAUGAAAAUAUAUUCAUUGAGUGUGAGUGCAAAGAUGUUAAACCUGACCUGAAGCCUUCAUCGCCUAACAUCUGCAAAACUGAACAUCCAAGUGGUUCAGCUAUUGUGAAGUUUGAAGAUCCAAUUCAGAAAAGUUCCUGCAACAAAAAAAUACUAAUAGUUUUGAUAAAAAAAGGUUUCAAUUAUCAUGAUAAUUGUCCAUUUCAAAUAAAUCACCAAAAAUUGAAAAUCAAAGAAUAUAAGGAGAUAAAAAUAUUGAAAAGAGUUACUCAAACCAAAUUUUCUCAUCACCGCCAGCUGUGUCAACAAACUUAUAAAGAGAAAUGUGAAAUUUGUCACAAAUCAUUCGGAAAAAUAUAUAAUCUCAAAAUUCACAUAAAUGCAGUACAUAAUCGAAGCAAACCCUUUGAAUGUGAGAUUUGUCACAAAUCAUUUGGAGAAACGGGUACUCUCAAUCGUCACGUGAAUGCAGUACAUGAUCGGAGCAAACCUUUCGAAUGUGAUAUUUGUCAUAAAUCAUUUGGACAAAAAAGUCACCUCAAACGUCACGUGAAUGUAGUACAUAAUCUUGUUAAACUCUUCGAAUGUGAAAUUUGUGGCAAAUCAUUUGGAGAAAAAGGUACCCUCAACGUGCACAUAAAAACAGUACAUAAUCGAAGCAAACCCUUUGAAUGUGAGAUUUGUCAAAAAUCAUUUGGAGAAACGGGUACUCUCAAUCGUCACGUGAAUGCAGUACAUGAUCGGAGCAAACCUUUCGAAUGUAAGAUUUGUCAAAAAUCAUGUGGAAGAAAAGAAAGCCUCAAUCAACACAUCAAUGGAGUGCAUAAACGCAUUAAACCCUUUGAAUGUGAUAUUUGCCAUGAAUCAUUUGGACAAAAAGGUCACCUCAAACGUCACGUGAAUGUAGUACAUAAUUUUAUUAAACUCUUCGAAUGUGAAAUUUGUCACAAAUCAUUUGGACAAAAAAGUCAACUCAAUAGGCACAUAAUGACAAUACAUGAUCGGAACAAACCCUUUCAAUGUGAGAUUUGUCAUACAUCAUUUGGACAAAAAAGUGACCUCAAGUGUCACAUGAAUGCAUUUAAAGAUUACUUAUGUGAAAAGUGCGCCAAGAAAUUUGGAAAUAAAAAAAGUUUGCUUUUGCACAUAAAAGCUGUCCAUGAACAUUGCAAAAAUGUUGCAUGUGACAAGUGCGAGGAGAACUUUAUAAGCAAAUCAAUUUUUCUCCGUCACCUAAAAACAGUUCACGAAGGUCGGAGAGAUUUCGGCUCCAGUGUCGUCAAUGAUUAUUCAUGUGAUAGUUGCGGAAAGACAUUUAGACAAAAAUGUCAUUUCCUCUUGCAUAUAAGAACAGUCCAUGAAAUUCGCAGAGAUUUUUCAUGUAGGAAAUGCGAAAACAAAUUCACACAAAAACUGCAUUUGCUCACCCACCUAAAGACAAUUCAUGACGGUGGCAAAGAUCAUGCAUGUGAUAAAUGCGAGAAGAAAUAUAGAAGAAAAUCGGAAUUGUUGAAGCACCAUAGAAUAGUACAUGAAGGUUGCAGAGAUUAUUCAUGCGAAAAUUGCGAAAAGAAAUUUGGGGAUCGAACAAAUUUAAAAAAACAUCAACAAAUAGUUCACGAACUUCGCAAAGAUUACGGUCAUUUAAAACGCGGUUAA